UUAUGUCCCCCCUCUGAGAGACCAAAAAAAAAAAAAGUCUCAAGAGAGAGAAAAACGCCAAAAAAAAAAAAACGAAAAAAAAAACAAGAGAGAAAAAAAAAAUAAAAAAAAAAAAAAAAACAAAAGAGAAAGAGAGAAAAAGAGGAGAAAAAAGAGACGAAAAGAGAGAAAAAGAAGAGAGAGAAACAGCGGACGGAGAGGAACUCCCAAGCAGAGACGAAAAACUUCUCUCCACCCCCUCUCUCCCCUUCGAGAACCCUCUCUCUGCCUUUCUCGCUAGCCCGAGAUCGAGCUCUCUCUCCAGCUCUCCCAACUACUCCUUCUCACCCCUCUCUAUCUCCUCCCCCUCCUCCUCUCUCUCCCCCCUCUCUCUCACCCUCUUCUCACCCCCUCUCCUCCGCUCCCCCCUCUCUUUCCCUCUCUCUCACACCCCUCUCUAUCCCAACUCCGUCUAUCUCCCCCUCCCUCUAUCCCCUCUAGUGUGGAAGAGCCUCAACUUGGCGACACUGGAAGUUUCUCUGACAGCACCUGUAGCCAGAGGCCCUACCUGAGCAGCAGUGGCCCCGGCCCACUGGGCCCCCCGGUGGCCCCCCCUAGCCCCGCCUCCCUGGCCUGGGCCCAGAGGACCCGGCACCAGCCUGCUAGCCUGGCGCUCCGGAACCAGCAGAAGGAGGACAAUAGACAAGCCCUGUCCAAAAGCUAUGAGCUGUCCACAGAUCUACAGGACAAGAAGGUUUUUUCAAUUUUGUGACUUUUAAGGCCUGUUUCAACGCUUUUCAGUCCAAGACUAGGCUUAAUCUUUGUCCUUACAGUAGAUUUGUUCUUGUUUGUUUUAUAUUAUAUUCUGAAUGCAUACAGUAAGUGUAAUAUAUGAAUAGAGAGUGGCUGAUUUAGAUAGUCCAUUUCUGAUGUUGUAUUCUAUGUUGUUAUGUAUUCUGUUGCUGUGUGACAUAAUGAAGACAAACUCUUAAACAUAACCCUGGUUCAGUUGCUUUUCAACAGAAACAAAAUAACAUCCUUUCAAAACAGGGGCUAUAGAAAUGUCCUUUUGACCUAUUUUUAUAGGGUUGCUAUGGCAAUAUUCCCUUAAAAAGAUCCCCUAAUCUCCAGCUCUGUCAUUGGUCCUUUCCACUUCCCCCUACUUUCUAAUUUGUCCUUUCCACUUCCCCCUACUCUCUGAUUGGUCCUUUCCACUUCCAUCUGCUCUCUCAUUGGUCCUUUCCACUUCCCCCUGCUCUCUCAUUGGUCCUUUCCACUUCCCCCUGCUCUCUGAUUGGUUCUCUCCACUUCCUCUCACUAUCUCAUUGGUUCUGUCCACUUCCUGUUUCCUGUUAGGUGGAGAUGCUGGAGAGGAAGUAUGGCGGUUACUUCCUCAGUCGGCGGGCGGCACGCACCAUCCAGACGGCGUUCCGUCAGUACCGCAUGAACAAGAACUUCGAGCAGCUACGAAGCUCUGCCUCUGAGAGCCGGGUGACUCGACGUAUGAUCCUGCCUAACAUGAGACUGCAGUAUUCGUUUGACGAGCGGCCGGGCCAGCCCCAAGGCCAGGGGGUUCAACAGGGACAGAGGUAUCAGCACCCUGGAGGCCAGCCUGGGGAUGAAGAGAUGGAGGCUGGGUCUCCUCCACGCUGCCAGGGGGCCAGAGAGGAGGACACACACCUGGACGAGACCUUCUCCAAACAGGUGAGAGUCAGUAACACACCUGGACGAGACCUUCUCCAAACAGGUAAUAAUAUAAUAAUAAUAUGCCAUUUAGCAGACGCUUUUAUCCAAAGCGACUUCCAGUCAUGUGUGCAUACAUUUUUACGUAUGGGUGGUCCCGGGGAUCGAACCCACUACCCUGGUGUUACAAGCGCCAUGCUCUACCAAUUGAGCUACAGAGGACAGGGAGGGAGGAGACUUUCUCCAAGCAGGUGAGAGGAACAGGGAGGGAGGAGACUAUGGGCAGGUUACCUGGACACAUAUUAAGACUAGUGCUGGACUAUAUAAAACAGCUCAAUAGAGAUUUUCCAUUGACCAAGAUUUUCAGUCUAAAUCUGUGUUCUGCAAAGCAGCCCUAAGAUGUUUGUGAGAGAGUCUACCACUACAACUCCUUCCACUGCCAAAACAGACAUUCCCUUCAGAAAAUGUACCUCUCUCGUUGUAAAAGAUAAUUUCUCAGGUCACGGUGACUUAUCGUUCUGUCUUUAUCCACCCUGUGUGACUUACCAUUCUGUCUUUAUCCACCCUGUGUGACUUACCGUUCUGUCUUUAUCCACCCUGUGUGACUUAUCGUUCUGUCUUUAUCCACCCUGUGUGACUUAUCGUUCUGUCUUUAUCCACCCUGUGUGACUUAUCGUUCUGUCUUUAUCCACCCUGUGUGACUUAUCGUUCUGUCUUUAUCCACCCUGUGUGACUUAUCGUUCUGUCUUUAUCCACCCUGUGUGACUUACCGUUCUGUCUUUAUCCACCCUGUGUGACUUAUCGUUCUGUCUUUAUCCACCCUGUGUGACUUACCGUUCUGUCUUUAUCCACCCUGUGUGACUUAUCGUUCUGUCUUUAUCCACCCUGUGUGACUUACCGUUCUGUCUUCAUCCACCCUGUGUGACUUAUCGUUCUGUCUUUAUCCACCCUGUGUGACUUAUCGUUCUGUCUUUAUCCACCCUGUGUGACUUAUCGUUCUGUCUUUAUCCACCCUGCGUGACUUACCGUUCUGUCUUUAUCCACCCUGUGUGACUUACCGUUCUGUCUUUAUCCACCCUGUGUGACUUACCGUUCUGUCUUUAUCCACCCUGUGUGACUUAUCGUUCUGUCUUCAUCCACCCUGUGUGACUUACCGUUCUGUCUUCAUCCACCCUGUGUGACUUAUCGUUCUGUCUUCAUCCACCCUGUGUGACUUAUCGUUCUGUCUUUAUCCACCCUGUGUGACUUAUCGUUCUGUCUUUAUCCACCCUGUGUGACUUACCGUUCUGUCUUUAUCCACCCUGUGUGACUUAUCGUUCUGUCUUUAUCCACCCUGUGUGACUUACCGUUCUGUCUUUAUCCACCCUGUGUGACUUACCGUUCUGUCUUCAUCCACCCUGUGUGACUUAUCGUUCUGUCUUUAUCCACCCUGUGUGACUUAUCGUUCUGUCUUCAUCCACCCUGUGUGACUUACCGUUCUGUCUUCAUCCACCCUGUGUGACUUAUCGUUCUGUCUUCAUCCACCCUGUGUGACUUAUCGUUCUGUCUUUAUCCACCCUGUGUGACUUAUCGUUCUGUCUUUAUCCACCCUGUGUGACUUACCGUUCUGUCUUUAUCCACCCUGUGUGACUUAUCGUUCUGUCUUUAUCCACCCUGUGUGACUUACCGUUCUGUCUUUAUCCACCCUGUGUGACUUACCGUUCUGUCUUCAUCCACCCUGUGUGACUUAUCGUUCUGUCUUUAUCCACCCUGUGUGACUUAUCGUUCUGUCUUUAUCCACCCUGUGUGACUUAUCGUUCUGUCUUUAUCCACCCUGUGUGACUUAUCGUUCUGUCUUUAUCCACCCUGUGUGACUUACCGUUCUGUCUUCAUCCACCCUGUGUGACUUAUCGUUCUGUCUUCAUCCACCCUGUGUGACUUACCGUUCUGUCUUCAUCCACCCUGUGUGACUUAUCGUUCUGUCUUCAUCCACCCUGUGUGUGUUGUAGGUCAAGUCCCUGGCUGACUCCAUCGAUGACGCCCUGACCUGUCAGUCUGGUGUGGAAGACUUUCAGGAGGAGGAGGAGGAAGAGGAAGAGGAGGAGGAAGGUGACGGAGGCGAGACAGGGGUGGAGGCAGACGACUUUGGAGAGUGUGUUUGGAGACCGAGGGAGGGAGAAAGACAGAGGGGCGGAGGAAGAGGAGGAGUGGGAGGAAGAGGAGGAGGAGAGAGACAGAGCAUGCACGAGGACAGCACAGCCACCUUCUACAGCGACGUGACCCUCUACAUGGAUGACGGGCUCCCUUCUUCGCCCCAGUCCCUGGACCGGGCCCCCAGCAGCACCGACACAGAGUACUGGAGCCCUGGAGUCUGUGGCGGCGGAGUAGGGGGGCGCGAGGACAGCCGGGACACAGCGGGAGGGGGCAGCAGUAACAGCCGACGCAGCACCCCCUGUACUGAGUGUAGAGACUACAGCCUGAGAGGAGCUCACCUGCCCCUGCUGACCAUCGAUCCACCUAGCGACAGCUCUGUUGAUAUGAGUGACCGCUCGGACCGUGGCUCUAUAGGCAGACUGGUCUACGAUACAGAACCAGGGGGAGGUGGUGGAGGAGGGUCGCUUCAGGGCACUAUUAAACACAACCCCCACCCAAAUCCUCACCCCAACCCCAACGGGCGAGCUGUCCCCAUACCUCCCCUGGCCCAAGGCCAGAUUCGUACUGUCCUCCCUCACCGCCCCCACACUCACCCUCACCCUCACCCCCACCCCCACCCCCACCCUCACCCUCACCCCCACCCUCACCCCCACCCGUCGGCCAUCCCCUCCUACCUGCCACACACCCAUCAUCAGCUCCCAUAUCACCCUCUACACCACCACCCGUACCCCGACACCCCUUCCUCCUCCUCUCAGUCCCCCCAGGGACCACCCCUCACCCCGCUAUCUUCCUCCUCAUCUGCCACACUGCCCCCUGGUGGCCUGGAGCAGGUCUGCUGUUCUGACGGAGACAACGACUCUCUCAGCUCCACCACCAACUCUAACGAUACCAUCAACUGCUCCUCCGGGUCCUCGUCACGUGACAGCCUCCGCGAGCCCCUCCCACCGCUCGGAAAACAGACAUAUCAGAAAGAGAGCAGGCACAGCUGGGAUAGCCCCGCCUUUAACAAUGACGUGGUGCAGAGACGACAGUACCGCAUCGGACUCAACCUGUUCAACAAGUAAGUUAGACAGUACCGCAUCGGACUCAAUCUGUUUAACAAGUAAGUUAGACAGUACUGCAUCAGACUCAACCGGUUUAACAAGUAAGUUAGACAGUACCGCAUCGGACUCAACCUGUUUAACAAGUAAGUUAGACAGUACCGCAUCGGACUCAAUCUGUUUAACAAGUAAGUUAGACAGUACCGCAUCGGACUCAACCGGUUUAACAAGUAAGUUAGACAGUACCGCAUCGGACUCAACCUGUUUAACAAGUAAGUUAGACAGUACCGCAUCGGACUCCAUCUGUUCAACAACUAAGUUAGACAGUACCACAUCGGACUCAACCUCUAGUAAGUUAGACAGUACCGCAUCGGACUCAACCUGUUCAACAAGUAAGUUAGACAGUACCGCAUCGGACUCAAUCUGUUCAACAAGUAAGUUAGACAGUACCGCAUCGGACUCAAUCUGUUCAACAAGUAAAUUAGACAGUACCGCAUCGGACUCCAUCUGUUCAACAACUAAGUUAGACAGUACCACAUCGGACUCAACCUCUAGUAAAUUAGACAGUACCGCAUCGGACUCAACCUGUUCAACAAGUAAGUUAGACAGUACCGCAUCGGACUCAAUCUGUUCAACAAGUAAGUUAGACAGUACCGCAUCUGACUCAAUCUGUUCAACAAGUAAGUUAGACAGUACCGCAUCGGACUCAACCUGUUUAACAAGUAAGUUAGACAGUACCGCAUCGGACUCAAUCUGUUCAACAACUAAGUUAGACAGUACCACAUCGGACUCAAUCUGUUUAAUAACUAAGUUAGACAGUACCACAUCGGAUUCAAUCUGUUCAACAACUAAGUUAGACAGUACCGCAUCGGACUCAACCUGUUCAAUAACUAAGUUAGACAGUACCGCAUCGGACUCAACCUGUUCAAUAACUAAGUUAGACGUUAUUGGACUCAACCUCUAGUAAGUUAGACGGUACCUGAGAAGGUGUGAGAUAAUGUAAGUAAGCCUUGUCCGAGCCAGAACCGAGCAUUGUCUGAGCCAGAACGGCCCAUUCUGUUGCGAGAACAGGGUUUUCAGCUUCAGGCUUAGAGAGCCACUGGGUGUGCAGGCUUUCAUAACUGAGGUAACAUACCUGAUUCAGCUAAGGUUCAGACUAAAGACCAUUCAUUUGACUGAUUGUUUGAAUCAGGUGUGUUACUGCAGGGGUGCUUGGAAGGCCUGAUCAGCCAGGAGAUGUACAGAACCAGGGGCUGUUUUCUUUCCUCCUCCUCCUUUCCCUUCGCCUGACCACUCACACUAAAUUAUUCCGCUGCUCUGUCGUUUCGCUACCUAAUUUAGUCUUAGACUGCCGUCAUUGAAGUGGUUUGUGGAGACGAGGGGGAGCGAGGGGUGUUGUACAAAACAAAGUAAUCAGCGACUGGAUCGGCUCUAAUCACAGCAUCAAAGCCGAUGACACGUUUGCAAAUCGCCGCUUUACCCACGUGUGUUCCGGCUCUGGCCCAACCCAUCGGUUUCUGGACCAAUCGGACGGCCCCGAAUGUGUUCGCAUUCGGUGAAGGGUACUCGGAUCCAGACUCAUUGUGGAGAAGAAACUAACGUCCGUAGGCGUGGCCUAGCGUUUCGGCCAGAGCGAGGAGUGUGGGUAACCAGGCAACCUCUCCCUGCCUCUCUGUCAGCCCUUUAGGCGUCAGCAUGCUUCACUCUGAGCUCGGCUAGCCAAACCGAACAAGUGUGCUCGCAUACCACCUUAAAAUACCUUUGUUUUGAAACACUCGAGAGAAAAAAAGCGGCAAUAGUACUGUUUGUCCAUUUUGAGACGCCGUAGCCGGUAUGCACUUCCUCAAAAUAGUCAAAAUUAAUUUAAGAUAACUCAAGAAAUCUGUCAUUAAUUUUUUGACGUUUUUGCAGAGGAGAUUUUAGUCGCGCAAUUUUGCGUCUGACUAGGAUGUUUGGUGCAGUACUUCUCAAGUGUAAUAAUGUGCAUGAGGAGGAGUCAUCAGGCACUUCAUUGAAGAAUCCUUACUGUUGACCAAUCGCCGACGAGGAGGGGGCGUAGACCUUGGCUACCGACUUCUGCUUGCCUUCAGAAUAGUUUUUUCGUGUGCCUGAACUGUUACGAAUUGUUUCGCCUGGGAAGCAUACGGACGUCUUUAGGGAUCUUUAACUUGAGUCUCUCAGAUGUUGUAGGAUCUGGUGUCUCUCUGUUUUGUCUAGAAAAUGAGAAACCCCACAGUCACGCACCGGAAAGAAAAUUGUCUUAGAAGUUUCAUUAAUUUACAGCAGAAUAUUUUUUCUUUUCUAGUGUAUGUCUUUGCAACCCUGCACCCAUAGACAGGCCCUAACAACCCAGAACCCAUAGACAGGCCCUAACAACCCAGAACCCAUAGACAGGCCCUAACAACCCAGAACCCAUAGACAGGCCCUAACAACCCAGAACCCAUAGACAGGCCCUAACAACCCAGAACCCAUAGACAGGCCCUAACAACCCAGAACCCAUAGACAGGCCCUAACAACCCAGAACCCAUAGACAGGCCCUAACAACGCAGAACCCAUAGACAGGCCCUAACAACCCUGCACCCAUAGACAGGCCCUAACAACCCAGAACCCAUAGACAGGCCCUAACAACCCUGAACCCAUAGACAGGCCCUAACAACCCAGAACCCAUAUACAGACCCUAACAACCCAGAACCCAUAGACAGGCCCUAACAACCCUGCACCCAUAGACAGGCCCUAACAACCCAGAACCCAUAGACAGGCCCUAACAACCCAGAACCCAUAGACAGGCCCUAACAACCCUGAACCCAUAGACAGGCCCUAACAACCCAGAACCCAUAGACAGGCCCUAACAACCCAGAACCCAUAGACAGGCCCUAACAACCCUGAACCCAUAGACAGGCCCUAACAACCCAGAACCCAUAGACAGGCCCUAACAACCCAGAACCCAUAGACAGGCCCUAACAACCCUGAACCCAUAGACAGGCCCUAACAACCCAGAACCCAUAGACAGGCCCUAACAACCCUGAACCCAUAGACAGGCCCUAACAACCCAGAACCCAUAGACAGGCCCUAACCACCCUGAACCCAUAGACAGGCCCUAACCACCCUGAACCCAUAGACAGGCCCUAACAACCCAGAACCCAUAGACAGGCCCUAACAACCAGAACCCAUAGACAGGCCCUAACAACCCAGAACCCAUAGACAGGCCCUAACCACCCUGAACCCAUAGACAGGCCCUAACCACCCUGAACCCAUAGACAGGCCCUAACAACCCAGAACCCAUAGACAGGCCCUAACAACCCUGAACCCAUAGACAGGCCCUAACAACCCAGAACCCAUAGACAGGCCCUAACAACCCAGAACCCAUAGACAGGCCCUAACCACCCUGAACCCAUAGACAGGCCCUAACAACCCAGAACCCAUAGACAGGCCCUAACCACCCUGAACCCAUAGACAGGCCCUAACAACCCAGAACCCAUAGACAGGCCCUAACAACCCAGAACCCAUAGACAGGCCCUAACCACCCUGCACCCAUAGACAGGCCCUAACAACCCAGAACCCAUAGACAGGCCCUAACAACCCAGAACCCAUAGACAGGCCCUAACAACCCAGAACCCUUAGACAGGCCCUAACAACCCAGAACCCAUAGGCUUUCACAAGGACUGAUGAGUUAGUUGAGGAUGCCAGUUGAUGAGUUAGUUGAGGAUGCCAGUUGAUGAGUUAGUUGAGGAUGCCAGUUGAUGAGUUAGUUGAGGAGGCCAGUUGAUGAGUUAGUUGAGGAUGCCAGUUGAUGAGUUAGUUGAGGAUGCCAGUUGAUGAGUUAGUUGAGGAUGCCAGUUGAUGAGUUAGUUGAGGAUGCCAGUUGAUGAGUUAGUUGAGGAGGCCAGUUGAUGAGUUAGUUGAGGAUGCCAGUUGAUGAGUUAGUUGAGGAGGCCAGUUGAUGAGUUAGUUGAGGAUGCCAGUUGAUGAGUUAGUUGAGGAUGCCAGUUCUUGAUUCUCUGUGUUGUCUCACUCUACUUUAAGGCCAGUUCUUGAUUCUCUGUGUUGUCUCACUCUACUUUAAGGCCAGUUCUUGAUUCUCUUUGUUGUCUCACUCUACUUUAAGGCCAGUUCUUGAUUCUCUGUGUUGUCUCACUCUACUUUAAGGCCAGUUCUUGAUUAUCUGUGUUGUCUCACUCUACUUUAUGUCAUUUUGGAUGAAAGUGUCUGUUAAGUGGCAUAUACAGUAUUUCAUAAUAAUUCCUGUUUGUCUGUGUCUCUCCCUCGCUGCAGGAAGCCAGAGAAGGGUAUCCAGUACCUGAUAGAGAGAGGCUUCGUAUCGGACACCCCAGUAGGCAUCGCCCGCUUCAUCCUGGAGAGGAAAGGACUGAGCAGACAGAUGACAGGGGAGUUCCUGGGCUGCAGACAGAAACAGUUCAACAAGGACGUACUGGAGUGAGUGGCUAAUCAGUCAACACUGCACUAUACAGUACUGUGUUCUAUCUCACUCUCUCUCUCUCACCCUUUCCUUUAGUAGAAGGAUACAUUAUUAAUCUGUCCCACUCUUCCUGUCUUCCUCUUUACUUCCUCCCUCUCUUCUUCUCUUACUUCAUCCUUCCUCUUUACUUCCUCCCUCUCUUCUUCUCUUACUUCAUCCUUCCUCUUUACUUCCUCCCUCUCUUCUUCUCUUACUUCAUCCUUCCUUUUUACUUCCUCCCUCUCUUCUUCUCUUACUUCAUCCUUCCUCUUUACUUCCUCACUCUCUUCUUCUCUUACUUCAUCCUUCCUCUCUCUCUCUCUCUCUCUCUCUCUCCUCUUCUCCCUGUCCAGUUGUGUGGUGGAUGAGUUGGACUUCUCAGGGAUGGAUCUGGAUGAUGCCCUCAGGAAGUUCCAGGCCCAGAUCAAAGUCCAGGGGGAGGCCCAGAAGGUGGAGAGACUGAUAGAGACUUUCAGGUAACUGGGACUUUUUUUGCAGCAGGACUAUGGAUACUAUACUAUAGUAUGACUUGUGGAUUUAUGGACGUCUAUGUUGUUGUAGUUUAGGUAGCUUAUGUUGUCCACAACAGUAUUCAUUUCCUAUUUUACUUUUUUGUGUCUGCUUGAUAUCUAAUCUCUCUCUGUACUCCCCCCUCCCUCCAGUCAGCGGUACUGUGUGUGUAACCCGGUGCUGAUCCAACAGUUCCAGAACCCCGACACCAUCUUCAUCCUGGCCUUCGCCAUCAUCCUCCUCAACACAGACAUGUACUCUCCCAACGUCAAACCAGAGAGGAAGAUGAAGCUGGAGGACUUCAUCAAAAACCUCAGAGGUGAGGAGGAUGCUGACUGUUUUCAGUACCUGAUAUAAAGCCAUGACCUGUUUUUACUUCCUUCAUUCUUACUCCUCAAAACAAACACCAGGAGGUGUACUACAUCUAUCAUCAGUCCUCAUCAGUAUUCAUCAGUCCUCAUCAGUCUUCAUCAGUCUUCAUCAGUCUUCAUCAGUCCUCAUCAGUCUUCAUCAUUCUUCAUCAGUCCUCAUCAGUCUUCAUCAGUUCUCAUCAGUCCUCAUCAGUCCUCAUCAGUAUUCAUCAGUCCUCAUCAGUCUUCAUCAGUCUUCAUCAGUCUUCAUCAGUCCUCAUCAGUCUUCAUCAUUCUUCAUCAGUCCUCAUCAGUCUUCAUCAGUUCUCAUCAGUCCUCAUCAGUCCUCAUCAGUCCUCAUCAGUCUGUAUCAGUCAUCAUCAGUCUUCAUCAGUCUUCAUCAGUCCUCAUCAGUCUUCAUCAGUCUUCAUCAGUCCUCAUCAGUCCUCAUCAGUCUUCAUCAGUCUUCAUCAUUCUUCAUCAGUCCUCAUCAGUCUUCAUCAGUCUUCAUCAGUCCUCAUCAGUCCUCAUCAGUCCUCAUCAGUCUUCAUCAGUCCUCAUCAGUCUUCAUCAGUCUUCAUCAGUCCUAUCAUCUUCAUCAGUCUUCAUCAGUCCUCAUCAGUCUCAUCAUCCUAUCAGUCUUCAUCAGUCCUCAUCAGUCUCAUCAGUCUUCAUCAGUCCUAAUCAGUCUCAUCAGUCUUCAAUGCUCAUCAGUCCUCAUCAGUCCUCAUCAGUCUUCAUCAGUCUCAUCAGUCCCUCAUCAGUCCUCAUCAGUCUCUCAUCAGUCUUCAUCAGUCCUCAUCAGUCCCCAUCAGUCCUCAUCAGUCUUACAGUCUCACAGUCUUCAAUCAGUCUCAUCAGUCUCAUCAGUCCUCAUUAGUCUUCAUCAGUCCUCAUCAGUCUAUAGUCUUCAUCAGUCCUCAUCAGUCCUCAUCAGUCUUCAUCAGUCCUCAUCAGUCAUCAUCAGUCUGCAUCAGUUUCAUCAUCCUCAUCAGUCCUCAUCAGUCCUCAUCAGUCUUCAUUCAGUCUUCAUCAGUCCUUCAUCAGUCCCUUAAUCAGUCCAAUACAGUUUCAUCAGUCUUCAUCAGUUCCUCAUCAGUCCCCCAUCAUUCCUUCAUCAGUCCUUCAUCAGUCUUCAUUCAGUCUUCAUCAUUCUUCAUCAGAUCCUUCAUCAGUCCUUCAUCAGUCUUCAUUUCAGUCCUUAAUUCAGUCCUCAUCAUCCUAAUCAGUUUCUCACAGGCUCAUCAGUCCUAUCAGUCCCCCAUCAGUCUUCAUCAGGCUUCAUCAGUUCCUCCUCAGUCCUCAUCAGUCCUCAUCAGUCCUCAUCAGUCUUCAUCGGUUUCAUCAGUUCCUUCAUUCAGUCCAUUCAUCAGUCUUCAUCAGGCUUCAUCAGUCCUCAUCAGUCCUCAUCAGUCUUCAUCAGGCUUCAUCAGUCCUCAUCAGUCCACAUCAGUCCUCAUCAGUCUUCAUCAGUCUUCAUCAGUCUUCAUCAGUCCUCAUCAGUCCUCAUCAGUCUUCAUCAGUCUUCAUCAGUCCUUAUCAGUCCUCAUCAGUCCUCAUCAGUCUUCAUCAGUCUUCCCUUCCAUCUACUUUUUAUCUCUAGCUCUUCUUCUACAGAACUUUAUGGAAUCUCUAUAGUAGUAUUUGUAUGUCAGUCCUUUUCUCUGUUCGCUAACACCCCCUCCCCUAUGUGUGGUAUGUCUCAGGAGUGGACAACGGUCAGGACAUUCCCAGAGACCUGUUAGUAGGGAUCUACCAUCGUAUAGAGAAAUGGGAGCUACGCACCAACGAUGACCACGUCUCACAAGUACAGGCUGUGGAGAGGGUUUUGGUCGGCAAGAAGCCUGUAAGUCUACAUACAGUAUAAAUGUGUCCAGAUUUCUCUAUUGAGGCUUAUAUAAAAUGUAAAGUGAUUAGCUUAUUUGAGCAUUUUAUCAAAGCACAGACUCAGAUUUUCAAAAUGGUAUAUCACUGUAGUUGGAGGGAAACAUGGGGAAGGUAUGCUGCUUUAAAAGUUAAUAAACUUUUUUAUCCUACUUAAGAGACAAGUAGGAAAAUGCCCUUUGAAAGACUUUGCUGAGAUUUCACACUUCCUAGAGAGCUCUUCUUUUGUUUACGCCCAUUCAGCAUUACUCACACCCUCUUAAGCCUUAGCCCCACCCACACAUGUAAACAGGUGAGUCAGCAUGCCAUUGUGCUCCAGAAAGCAGUCUCUCUAUUUAAACCCAGCUAAAUUCAGGGCAGCCAUGUUUUUUGAGAGCUGUAGCAACACUUUUGCAGUUGUCCAAAGCUUUAUCUUUCCAAAAAAAUCUGCAGUAGCAAAGAUGACCUAUAUACUGACCAGGGAAGAGCCAAUUCUGUUAUAGACAGAAGCCUGUGACAUGGCCAAUCGGGACUCAUCUCUCGGCAGGUCCAUUAUCUCAGCCAAUCAUGACUAGCCGGAAAGGAUCCUGUCUUUCUCCCUGUAUAGCUCAGCGCUUUCUCCUUAGCUAAACUAGUCUCAUAAUUGAAAAAUGUUUGUUCAUAUUUGCAGAUCCCAGACCAGUUUGUUAUUAAGGCACAUGCAAGUUCACAUGUUCAAGAAAGCAUUUCUGGGGAAAAAAAUUAAAUAAUAAUAAUUCAAACGGUUCUACUGUGAAGUAGGAACUGCCGUCAAAUGCCUCAGAUCCUGUUACCGGUCACAAAUGUCUACCACACAGGCUAUGUACUGUAGCUAGAAGAUUUGUGGUCCUCUGUAGCUCGGCUGGUAGAGCACAGCGCUUGUAACGCCAAGGGUAGUGGGUUCGAUCCCCGGGACCACCCAUACACAAAAAAAAAAAUUAUGCACGCAUGACUGUAAGUCGCUUUGGAUAAAAGCGUCUGCUAAAUGGCAUAUUAUUAUUAUUAUUCUCUACCCAUGGUAAAGGUCUGUUAGUGUGGACAAACCCCAUACUGUAGACACACACAGAUGUUGCCCGAUAUAAAGUUGGAUUUUGUAAACAUUUAUGCUAAAUUGUAUAUUUGGGCCGGUAAGCCUGAACUGCAGGCUAACCUUUCUGUGUUGUGUGUGCAGGUGCUUUCGCUGCCCCACCGCAGGUUGGUGUGUUGCUGUCAGCUGUACGAGGUGCCUGACCCUAACAGAAGCCAGAGGGCUGGAGUCCACCAGAGAGAAGUCUUCCUCUUCAACGACCUGCUCGUAGUAAGACUCACCUGUGUGCCCUCUCGGAGCGUCACGUCUGUACCACAUAGUGGCCAACACAAAUAACAAGAUAGAGGAUAGAGAGAGUUUUGUCAAUGCUGAGAACAGAAUGUACAGUAUAUGUUUUAAAGCAACAUUCUUAGAACGUUCUCUGAACGUUACUAACGUUUUCUUGUGUUUUUUUUUUUGGAAGGUUUUCUUAAUGUUCUGAGAACGGAAUGUGUUUCUAAUUAACAUUCUUAGAAUGUUCUCUGAACGUUACAAAAGUUUUCUUGUGGUUUUUUUUGGAAGGUUUUCUUAACGUUCUCUGAACAAUUUGAGAACAUGACUUUAAAUAGAACCAUGAGGAAACCUGUAGGAAAUGUAAUGCUGAAGUACUGAAAUUCCCACAUUGUUUCUUAAUGUUCUUUGAACUAUUUGAGAAGUUCAAUGAGAACAUUCCCAAUGUCAAACCAGUUGGAGAACAUCCCUAGAACAUUACCAAAAAAAGAAAUUAAAUGUAACCAUGUUUGAACUUUAGGAAAAGUUAUGUUAACGUAGUGAAAUACCAAAUAAAAUAACGUCAAGUUCCUUAAUGUGCCGAGAAUGUUCCAAAGCAACUAUCCUGCACCAUUCCCAGAAAGUUGUGGGAAGGUUGUGUGCAAAAUAAUCGUAGGACAACCACACUCUCACCAAGCUCUAUGAAACAUAUGGUUCUCAGAACGUUAGGUGCUAGCUGGGUAACAUAAAUAAAGAUGUUAUCACUCAUCCCACCUACAGGUAACCAAGAUCUUCCAGAAGAAGAAGACCUCUGUGACAUACAGUUUCAGACAGUCCUUCCCACUAGUCGAAAUGCAGGUCCACAUGUUCCAGAACCAGUGUAAGUGUGUGUGUGUGUGUGUUGGAUUGCCUAUGUGCAUGUGUACUCCUGUAAGUAUUGAGCUACAUCCAGAUUCUACACCCUUCUCCCAAUGUGUGCACUUCACAGUGCGCACUAGCACACUUCCCGUCGUAGAUUUUAAAUCAUAGGAUUGGUAUAAGCACUAGCUGGAGGGAGUUUCACCAUUGGUAAAGCCAUGACAGGAAGUGUUCAAGUGCACACUAUGGGAGGGGUGCAGAAUGGGGAGGCAGGAUUUGUUACCCUGUGAAAUGUACCCUGUGUGGUGUACCCUGUGUAAUGUACCCUGUGUGAUGUACCCUAUGAGAUGUACCCUGUGUGGUGUACCCUGUGAAAUGUACCCUGUGUGGUGUACCCUGUGUGGUGUACCCUGUGUGGUGUACCCUGUGUGGUGUACCCUGUGUAAUGUACCCUGUGUGGUGUACCCUGUGUGGUGUACCCUGUGUAAUGUACCCUGUGUGGUGUACCCUGUGUGGUGUACCCUAUGAGAUGUACCCUGUGUGAUGUACCCUGUGUGGUGUACCCUGUGUGGUGUACCCUGUGUGGUGUACCCUGUGUGGUGUACCCUGUGUGGUGUACUCUGUGUGAUGUACCCUGUGAGAUGUACCCUAUGUGGUCUACCCUGUGCGAUGUACCCUGUGUGGUGUACCCUGUGUGGUCUACCCUGUGCGGUGUACCCUGUGUGGUGUACCCUGUGCGGUGUACCCUGUGUGGUGUACCCUGUGUGUGUACCCUGUGUGUGUACCCUGUGUGAUGUACCCUAUGUGAUGUACCCUGUGGUGUACCCUGUGUGGUGUACCCUGUGUGGUGUACCCUGUGAGAUGUACCCUGUGUGGUGUACCCUGUGUGAUGUACCCUGUGUGAUGUACCCUGUGUGGUGUACCCUGUGUGGUGUACCCUGUGUGGUGUACCCUGUGAGAUGUACCCUGUGUGGUGUACCCUGUGUGAUGUACCCUGUGUGGUGUACCCUGUGAGAUGUACCCUGUGUGAUGUACCCUAUGAGAUGUACCCUGUGUGGUGUACCCUGUGUGGUGUACCCUGUGUGAUGUACCCUGUGAGAUGUACCCUGUGUGGUGUACCCUGUGUAUGUACCCUGGUGAGUGUACCCUGUGUGUGUACCCUUGUGGUGUACCCUUGUAGUGUACCCUGUGUGGUGUACCCUGUGUGAUGUACCCUGUGAGUGUACCCUGUGUGGUGUACCCUGUGUAAUGUAACCCUGUGUGGUGUACCCUAUGAGAUGUACCCUGUGUGGUGUACCCUGUGUGGUGUACCCUGUGUGGUGUACCCUGUGUGGUGUACCCUGUGUAAUGUACCCUGUGUGAUGUACCCUGUGUGGUGUACCCUUGAGAUGUACCCUGUGUGGUGUACCCUGUGUGGUGUACCCUGUGUGGUGUACCCUGUGUGGUGUACCCUGUGAAUGUACCCUGUGUGGUCCCUUGAAUACCCUGUGUGGUGACCCUGUAUUACCCUGUGUGGUGUACCCUGUGAGAUGUACCCUGUGUGGUGUACCCUGUGUGGUGUACCCUGUGAGAUGUACCCUGUGUGGUGUACCCUGUGUGGUGUACCCUGUGUGGUGUACCCUGUGUGGUGUACCCUGUGAGAUGUACCCUGUGUGGUGUACCCUGUGAGAUGUACCCUGUGUGUGUCCUGUGGAUGUACCCUGUGUGGUGUACCCUGUGUGGUGUACCCUGUGAGAUGUACCCUGUGUGGUGUACCCUGUGUGGUGUACCCUGUGUGGUGUACCCUGUGUGGUGUACCCUGUGAGAUGUACCCUGUGUGGUGUACCCUGUGAGAUGUACCCUGUGUGGUGUACCCUGUGUGGUGUACCCUGUGUAAUGUACCCUGUGUGUGUACCCUUGAGAUGUACCCUGUGGUGUACCCUGUGUGGUGUACCCUGUGUGUGUACCCUGUGAGAUGUACCCUGUGUGGUGUACCCGUGAGAUGUCCGUGUGGUGUACCCUGUGGUGUACCCUGUGUAAUGUACCCUGUGUGUGUACCCUGUGUGGUGUACCCUGUGUUGUGUACCCUGUGUUGUGUACCCUAUGAGAUGUACCCUGUGUGGUGUACCCUGUGUGGUGUACCCUGGUUGUGUACCCUGUGUAUGUAUCCUGUGUGGUGUACCCUGUGUGGUGUACCCUGUGUGUGUACCCUGUGUGGUGUACCCUGUGUGACCCUGUGGUGGUACCCUGUGUGGUGUACCCUGUGUGAUGUACCCUGUGUGAUGUACCCUGUGUGGUGUAUCCUGUGUGGUGUACCCUGUGUGGUGUACCCUGUGUGGUGUACCCUGUGUGGUGUACCCUGUGUAAUGUACCCUGUGUGGUGUACCCUGUGUGAUGUACCCUGUGUGGUGUACCCUGUGUGAUGUACCCUGUGUGGUGUAUCCUGUGUAAUGUACCCUGUGUAAUGUACCCUGUGUAAUGUACCCUGUGUGAUGUACCCUGUGUGGUGUACCCUGUGUGGUGUACCCUGUGUAAUGUACCCUGUGUGAUGUAUCCUGUGUGAUGUACCCUGUGUAAUGUACCCUGUGUAAUGUACCCUGUGUGGUGUACCCUGUGUGAUGUACCCUGUGUGGUGUACCCUGUGUGAUGUACCCUGUGUGGUGUACCCUGUGUGGUGUACCCUGUGUGGUGUACCCUGUGUGGUGUACCCUGUGUAAUGUACCCUGUGUGGUGUACCCUGUGUGGUGUACCCUGUGUGAUGUACCCUGUGUGGUGUACCCUGUGUCUCCUCUCUCCCCUGCAGACUACCCCCAUGGUGCCCGUCUGACGUCAGCCAACCCUGGCGGGGAAAGAAAGGUUCUGAUUGUGUUUAAUGCUCCGAGCCAGCAGGACAGAACACGCUUCACCUCCGACUUGAGAGAGAGCAUCGCUGAGGUGCAGGAGAUGGAGAAAUACAGAGUUGAGUGUGAGUAAACUAUACAAUACUGGAUAAAAUACUUUAUUAUUCCAUAGGGGAAUAUUACGGGAUAGUAUAAUAUACAACUAAUGUGAUAACCAUAUACCUUUUAAAGCAAAGUAAUCCAUAAUGUGAUAACCAUAUACCUUUUAAAGCAAAGUAAUCCCUAAUGUGAUAACCAUUUACCUUUUAAAGCAAAGUAAUCUCUAAUGUGAUAACCAUAUACCUUUUAAAGCAAAGUAAUCCCUAAUGUGAUAAACAUAUACAUUUUAAAGCAAAGUAAUCCCUAAUGUGAUAACCAUAUACCUUUUAAAGCAAAGUAAACCCUAAUGUGAUAACUAAGGGUUGUGGGUUCGAUUCCCACGAGGGGCCAGUAUUAAAAAAUUAUAUAUGCACUCACUAACUGCAAGUUGCUCUGGAUAAGAGCGUCUGCUAAAAUGACUAAAAUGUAAAUGUAAAAUGUAAUCUCUAAUGUGAUAACCAUUUACCUUUUAUAGCAAAGUAAACCCUAAUGUGAUAACCAGAUACCUUUUAAAGCAAAGUAAUCUCUAAUGUGAUAAUCAUUUACCUUUUAAAGCAAAGUAAUCUCUAAUGUGAUAAUAAUUUACCUUUUAACGCAAAGUAAUCUCUAAUGUGAUAACCAUAUACCUUUUAAAGCAAAGUAAUCCCUAAUGUGAUAACCAUUUACCUUUUAAAGCAAAGUAAUCCCUAAUGUGAUAACCAUAUACCUUUUAAAGCAAAAUAAUCCCUAAUGUGAUAACCAUAUACCUUUUCAAGCAAAGUAAUCCCGAAUGUGAUAACCAUUUACCUUUUAAAGCAAUGUAAUCUCUAAUGUGAUAACCAUAUACCUUUUAAAGCAAAAAUAAUCCCUAAUGUGAUAACCAUAUACAUUUUCAAGCAAAGUAAACCCUAAUGUGAUAACCAUAUACCUUUUAAAGCAAAGUAAUCCCUAAUGUGAUAACCAUAUACCUUUUAAAGCAAAAUAAUCCCUAAUGUGAUAACCAUAUACCUUUUAAUGCAAAAGAAUCCCUAAUGUGAUAACCAUUUACCUUUUAAAGCAAAGUAAUCUCUAAUGUGAUAACCAUAUACCUUUUAAAGCAAAAUAAUCCCUAAUGUGAUAACCAUAUACCUUUUAAAGCAAAGUAAACCCUAAUGUGAUAACCAUAUACCUUUUAAAGCAAAAUAAUCUCUAAUGUGAUAACCAUAUACCUUUUAAAGCAAAAUAAUCCCUAAUGUGAUAACCAUAUACCUUUUAAUGCAAAAUAAUCCCUAAUGUGAUAACCAUAUACCUUUUAAAGCAAAGUAAUCCCUAAUGUGAUAACCAUAUACCUUUUAAAGCAAAGUAAUCUCUAAUGUGAUAACUAUAUACCUUUUAAAGGAAAGUAAUCUCUAAUGUGAUAAUCAUUUACCUUUUAAAGCAAAGUAAUCCCUAAUGUGAUAAUCCUAUACCUUUUAAAGUAAAGUAAUCCCUAAUGUGAGAAACAUAUACCCUUUAAAGCAAAAUAAACCCUAAUGUGAUAACCAUAUUCCUUUGAAAGCAAAAUAAUCCCUAAUGUGAUAACCAUAUACCUUUUAAAGCAAAGUAAACCCUAAUGUGAUAACCAUAUACCUUUUAAAUCAAAAUAAACCCUAAUGUGAUAACCAUAUUCCUUUGAAAGCAAAAUAAUCCCUAAUGUGAUAACCAUAUACCUUUUAAAGCAAAGUAAACCCUAAUGUGAUAACCAUAUACCUUUUAAAGCAAAAUUAUCCCUAAUGUGAUAACCAUAUACAUUUUAAUACAAAAUAAUCCCUAAUGUGAUAACCAUAUACUUUUUAAAGCAAAAUAAUCCCUAAUGUGAUAACCAUUUACAGUGAGGGAAAAAAGUAUUUGAUCCCCUGCUGAUUUUGUACGUUUGCCCACUGACAAAGAAAUGAUCAGUCUAUAAUUUUAAUGGUAGGUUUAUUUGAACAGUGAGAGACAGAAUAACAACAAAAUAAUCAAGAAAAACACAUGUCAAAAAUGUUAUAAAUUGAUUUGCAUUUUAAUGAGGGAAAUAAGUAUUUGACCCCCUCUCAAUCAGAAAGAUUUCUGGCUCCCAGGUGUCUUUUAUACAGGUAACGAGCUGAGAUUAGGAGCACACUCUUAAAGGGAGUGCUCCUAAUCUCAGCUUGUUACCUGUAUAAAAGACACCUGUCCACAGAAGCAAUCAAUCAAUAAGAUUCCAAACUCUCCACCAUGGCCAAGACCAAAGAGCUCUCCAAGGAUGUCAGGGACAAGAUUGUAUACCUACACAAGGCUGGAAUGGGCUACAAGACCAUCGCCAAGCAGCUUGGUGAGAAGGUGACAACAGUUGGUGCAAUUAUUCGCAAAUGGAAGAAACACAAAAGAACUGUCAAUCUCCCUCGGCCUGGGGCUCCAUGCAAGAUCUCACCUCGUGGAGUUGCAAUGAUCAUGAGAAUGGUGAGGAAUCAGCCCAGAACUACACGGGAGGCUCUUAUCAAUGAUCUCAAAGCAGCUGGGACCAUAGUCACCAAGAAAACAAUUGGUAACACACUACGUUGUGAAGCACUGAAAUCCUGCAGCGCCCGCAAGGUCCCCCUGCUCAAGAAAGCACAUAUACAGGCCCGUCUGAAGUUUGCCAAUGAACAUCUGAAUGAUUCAGAGGAGAACUGGGUGAAAGUGUUGUGGUCAGAUGAGACCAAAAUCGAGCUCUUUGGCAUCAACUCAACUCGCCGUGUUUGGAGGAGGAGGAAUGCUGCCUAUGACUCCAAGAACACCAUCCCCACCAUCAAACAUGGAGGUGGAAACAUUAUGCUUUGGGGGUGUUUUUCUGCUAAGGGGACAGGACAACUUCACCGCAUCAAAGGGACGAUGGACGGGGCCAUGUACCGUCAAAUCUUGGGUGAGAACCUCCUUCCCUCAGCCAGGGCAUUGAAAAGGGGUCGUAGAUGGGUAUUCCAGCAUGACAAUGACCCAAAACACAGGCCAAGGCAUCAAAGGAGUGGCUCAAGAAGAAGCACAUUAAGGUCCUGGAGUGGCCUAGCCAGUCUCCAGACCUUAAUCCCAUAGAAAAUCUGUGGAGGGAGCUGAAGGUUCGAGUUGCCAAACGUCAGCCUCGAAACCUUAAUGACUUGGAGAAGAUCCGCAAAGAGGAGUGGGACAAAAUCCCUCCUGAGAUGUGUGCAAACCUGGUGGCCAACUACAAGAAACGUCUGACCUCUAUGAUUGCCAACAAGGGUUUUGCCACCAAGUACUAAGUCAUGUUUUACAGAGGGGUCAAAUACUUAUUUCCCUCAUUAAAAUGCAAAUCAAUUUAUAACAUUUUUGACAUGCGUUUCUCUGGAUUUUGUUGUUUUUAUUCUGUCUCUCACUGUUCAAAUAAACCUACCAUUAAAUGUAUAGACUGAUCAUGUCUUUGUCAGUGGGCAAACUUACAAAGUCAGCAGGGGAACAAAUACUUUUUUCCCUCACUGUACCUUUUAAAGCAAAGUAAUCUCUAAUGUGAUAACCAUAUACCUUUUAAAGCAAAAUAAUCCCUAAUGUGAUAACCAUAUACCUUUUAAAGCAAAGUAAACCCUAAUGUGAUAACCAUAUACCUUUUAAUGCAAAAUAAUCCCUAAUGUGAUAACCAUAUACCUUUUAAAGUAAAAUAAUCCCUAAUGUGAUAACCAUAUACCUUUUAAAGCAAAGUAAUCCCUAAUGUGAUAACCAUAUACCUUUUAAAGCAAAGUAAUCUCUAAUGUGAUAACCAUAUACCUUUUAAAGCAAAGUAAUCUCUAAUGUGAUAAUCAUUUACCUUUUAAAGCAAAACAAUCCCUAAUGUGAUAAUCCUAUACCUUUUAAAGGAAAGUAAUCUCUAAUGUGAUAACCAUUUACCUUUUAAAGCAAAGUAAUCUCUAAUGUGAUAACCAUAUACCUUUUAAAGCAAAACAAUCCCUAAUGUGAUAAUCCUAUACCUUUUAAAGGAAAGUAAUCUCAAAUGCAGUGCUUCUCAAUUAUUUUCUGUUACGCCCCCCCUAGGAAGAAGUAAACAUUUCGCGCCCCCCCAACUCUCCGCCGCAACUGUAUAUAAAAUAUAGAUCAACUUACAACAAAGAAUAACUUUAUUAACAUUGUUUUUAGUCUGUAACAGAAAAUACUAAAAAUGCAUAAAUUUGCCUGAAAUUUAAAAAAAAAGUCAAACCUUAUUUAAACUGUAAACAUUUUUUGACCAUUUGAUACUGAAAAAUUAAAUAAAAUAUAAUCAAUAAAUAAUAAUACAUUCAAAUUGAUCAGCAACAUUAACUCAGGAGCACAAUAUAUGAAACACUUUGACCUAUAAAACAAAAAUGAAUAAAACAAUUUGUGCUGAUUAUUAUUAUUUUUUAAAUAAAAAUGAGGAAGUCAGGAUUAAUGGCUACAAUGAGCACGUUUUGCAGUGCACAGCUUUUCGAAGCGGGGUUUGAAGCAUGAUACUGCAAUUCUCAGCUCCUGCUCAAUGUUUAGCUGGGACCUGUACUUGGUCUUCAGUGCAGCAACAGCAGAGAAGCCAGUCUCACAAAGAUAAGAUGUUGCAAAAGGAAGAAGAAUGCCCAUGGCCCUCUGCCCUAAGAGUGGAUACUGCCUCUCUACACUCAGCCAGAAUUCACUCAGUGUCUGUGAUGUGAACCUCAGUCUCAAUGUGGAGUCAGACGUCAUAUCAAUGAACUGGUCCUCCUCUGCAGAGCUGAAACCAGUUGGAGCUGGUGCAUUGAAAGGAUCUCUCACCCAGUCAUAUUGGGAACUGUUUUCAGGGAAUUACUUUUUAAAGAAUCCCAUCAGUGAUGAAAUAUGCUCCUUAAUAUAUGGAAUCACUGAGGUGGCAUCAUAGUCAGUAGUGUCAACAAAUUCAUGCAGGUUCUCGAAUGAAUCAGUAUUUCCUUCAUCAAGUCGCCUGCCCCACAUUGCAAGCUUUCGAGUGAAAGAGCUGAUCUUGUCUGUGACCUGAGGGAGGUGUUUAUCUUUCCCUUGAAGCUGUAGAUUUAGUUCAUUUAGCUUUCCAAAUAUGUCACUCAGGUAGGCCAGUUUUGCCAGGAAGUUCUCAUCACUAAAUUUUUCUGCGAGGUCAUACUUGUGCUCCUGCUCCGAAAACAUUCUUAUCUGCUCUCUGAGCUCAAAAACUCGGGACAAGACUUUUCCUCGUGACAGCCACCUUGCUUCACUGUGAAACAGCACAGCUUGAUGUUCAGCUCUCAUCUCCUCACAGAUAGCAGAGAAGACUCUUGUUUUUAGUGGUCUGGUCUUUAUAAAAUUGACUACACCUACAAUGUCAGUCAUAACCUCACUUAAUUCAGAGAAAAGGUGCCUUGAUGCCAGUGCUUCUCUGUGUAUAACACAGUGUGUCCACUCAGCAUUAAGUGAGGCCUUCUUGAUGAGUGCCAGAAGUCCUUUUCUCAUCCCUGCCAUGGUCUGUGCACCAUCACUGCAAACACCAAUGCAGUUCUCCCACUUUAGCCCAUUCUCAGUCAGGAAGCAGUCCAGCAUUUUGAAUAGCUCUUCAGCUGUGGCUCUGUCUCUGACAUAUUUACAAAAAAAUAGAUCCUCACACAGGGAGUUUGUCAUGUCAAAACGUACAUAAGCGAUAAACAAACAUUCUUUGUUGCUGUCAGUUGCUUCAUCGAACUGUAAGGCAAAACGUUUGUCUUUGAGUUUAUCUACCAGCUGUUCUUUAAGAUCGUUAGCAAUGUCAUUUAUACGUCUGGCGACAGUGUCAUUGGACAGAGGGAUAGUUUUUAUUUUUGCAGCAUGACAGAGACCAUGUCUAAUGCUGCAGGCAGUAUCAGCUCCUCUGCUAUGGAGUGUUUUUUUUUGCACUGAGCAAUUUGGAACGCCACCUUAUAUGAUGCUAACAGUGCUCGCUGGUUUACUGAAGUAGCAUUCACAAAGCGGGACGAUUGUUUGCAAUUUUCGGCACGUUUUCGCUGAAAACUCAAGCGGCUUAUCAGCGUGAUUGGGGUGUAAUGUCUUUAAGUGACGCCUUAAUUUAUUUGGCUUCAUGCUGUCCGCUGCCAACAUUUUUAGACACAGUAAACAUACCGGUCUUUCCUCGUCUCCCACCGUAGUCACAGUGAAGCCAAGCGCUACAUACGCUUCAUCAUAUUUCCUCGUCUUAGCUUUCGGGAGACUUACGUUUGUCUCAGUAUCUCCGUCUCUCUCCGCCUUUCUUUUCAUCCCAGUUGAAUAUGUUUCCAUGGUGUCUCCUAAGGGUUUGUUAUCUGCACUUCAUAUCUCCUGCUCUGUGCUGUGUGCUCUUGUUCGGUGCAAAAAAACCCUACUCCCUGCGGCAAAAAAAAGCAUGUUCCCCGGGGUCACACGCGCCCCCCCCGGCAUUGCUCCGAGCCCCCCCAGGGGGGCGCGCCCCACUAUUUGAGAAGGACUGCUCUAAUGUGAUAACCAUUUACCUUUUAAAGCAAAGUAAUCUCUAAUGUGAUAACCAUAUACCUUUUAAAGCAAAGUAAUCCCUAAUGUGAUAACCAUAUACCUUUUAAAGCAAAGUAAUCUCUAAUGUGAUAACCAUAUACCUUUUAAAGAAAAGUAAUCUCUAAUGUGAUAAUCAUAUACCUUUUAAAGCAAAGUAAUCCCUAAUGUGAUAAUCCUAUACCUUUUAAAGGAAAGUGAUCUCUAAUGUGAUAACCAUUUACCUUUUAAAGCAAAGUAAUCUCUAAUGUGAUAACCAUAUACCUUUUAAAGCAAAGUAAUCCCUAAUGUGAUAACCAUAUACCUUUUAAAGCAAAGUAAUCUCAAAUGUGAUAACCAUAUACCUUUUAAAGCAAAGUAAUCUCUAAUGUGAUAACCAUAUACCUUUUAAAGCAAAGUAAUCUCAAAUGUGAUAACCAUAUACCUUUUAAAGCAAAGUAAUCUCUAAUGUGAUAACCAUAUACCUUUUAAAGCAACGUAAUCCCUUCCCACUCUUAUUCUCUACUCACUUCUUGGUCUCUUCUCUCUUCUCUCUCUCUCUGCCGUGCUCUUCCUCUCCCUCCUCUCUCUCUCUCUCUCUCUCUCUCUCUCUCUCUCUCUCUCUCUCUCUCUCUCUCUCUCUCAAUUCAAUUCAAUUCAAUUCAAUUUCAAUUCAAUUGAAGGGCUUUAUUUGCAUGGGAAACGUAUGUUAACAUUGCCAAAGCAAGUGAAGUAGAUAAUAAACAAAAGUGAAAUAAACAAUAAAUAUUAACAGUAAACAUUACAUUCACAAAAGUUCCAAAGGAAUAAAGACAUUUCAAAUGUAAUAUUAUGUCUAUAUACAGUGUUGUAAUAAUGUGCAAAUAGUUAAAGUACAAAUGGGAAAAUAAAUCAACAUAAAUAUGGGUUGUAUUUACAAUGGUGUUUGUUCUUCACUGGUUGUCCUUUUCUUGUGGCAACAGGUCACACAUCUUGCUGCUGUGAUGGCACACUGUGGUAUUUCACCCAGUAGAUAAGGGAGUUCUCGAUGGGAGGUUCUCUGAUCGGGAGUAGGGAGGAGAAGCAAGGAAGAAAAACAGAAAGAAUCAGAGAGAGAGGCAUACGAGGAUGAAGAUGAAGAGAGUAUUGAGCGCGAGAGCGGAAGCGCUCGCUAGAGAGAGAAGCCUGCUCGGAGCGAGAGAGACGUAGAGCGAGGGAGAACCCCUAUCCGCUCUCUCAUCUAUCCUCUCUCCUCUCUCUCGCUCUCUAUCUCUCUCUCCUCCUCUCUCUCUCUGUCGCUCCUCUCUCUCUCUAUAUAUCUCUCUCUCUCUCUCUCUCUCUCUCUCUACAGCGGAGUUGGAGAAGCAGAAAGGGGUGAUGAGGCCAGUUGUGGACGGGUCUGGCGGUGUUGGUCCUAGCUGCGGCGUGAAGGCGGUGAACGGCACUCUGGGUAGGCCCAGUCUGGACGACAGCUAUGUCUCUGCAGACGGACUAAAACGUACCGCGCUCAGCUCAUCACUGAGAGACCUAGCAGACACAGGUAUAUACACAGGUAGACACACACACAUGACAGACAUACUGGACACCAGACCUGGGUCAAAUACAUGUGUGAAAUACUUUCUAAUAUGUAGGCCUAUCUUAUGAAUACAACCUUAACAAAAACAACCUUAUAAAUAGCUUUUCGCUGGCAGUUAAAUGCUCACUUAACUUUUUAAACAUCUAAAAUUGAAAUAUACAUUUAAUAUAAUUUAAUAAUUUAAUAUAAUAUAUAUUUAUAAAUAUAAUUUUAAAAAAAAAAUUGUGAAGAUGUCAAUAGAGUGUUAGACGAAACAAAGUGAUUUGAAACAAACAGUCAUUCAGCAGGGCGUUGUACAGUCAUUCUGACUGAAGGUCGGAGCCAAGGCCUGCUGUGUUGUGAGGGAGGGAAGUGUUAAUUAUAGAACAGAUCGUGAUCCACAGAAAGAGAGAGAGAGCACAGUGCUAAGGAACUGUUAUUGCAGCAGGUUGACGUUUAUUGGGACGAGUCUUGUCCUUGAGGAAGAACUGAGCGAUUUCCGUUACAUGGGCCAGUUGCAAAGUCAAAAUUGGCUAUAUGAAUGAAUUAAUGAAUGAAUUAUUGAAUGAAUUACAUUAAAUUUUUUGUGUCAAAUCCGCAGUUGGGAAACCUUCCCUUAUGGGAUUAAUUGACAAAUAAACAAACAUUACAAUAAUUUACCGUGAUCAUUCUUCUUCCGGUGUUCUCUGCAGUGCGCAUCGCAUAAAGAGUGAAAAAAAUAUAUAUACAGUACCAGUCAAAAAUUUGGACACACCUACUCAUUCAAGGGCUCAAUUCAAGGGAUGGUAAUUUUUGAAAAAAAAAAUUUUUUUUGGGAAACCCCCCAAAAAAAACCCCCUUAAAAGGGUUUUAAAAAUUUUUAAAAUUUCAAAACCUAAUCUUUUUUUAAAAAAACCAAAAAACCCUUUAUAAAAUUUUUAAAAAAAAAGCCAAAAAAUUUUUAAAAAAAAGAAAUUCUUUUUUUAAAUUUUAUUUAAUAUAAAAAAAAAAUUUUUUUUUAAAAAAAAAGGGGUUUUUCCAAAAAGUGUUAAACAAAAAAAUAUUUAAAAAAAGUUUCCAAUUUUACAAAUUUACUGGGGGGCAGCAAGGUUUUUUUGGGGGGGAAAAAAGGGUUUUUUAUAAAUAAAACCCCCCAAAGGGGGGGGGGGGUAAGGAAUUUAUUUCACAUUUUUCCUUUAGGGGGGGUUUUCCCUUAGGAAGAAAGGUUUGUUUGGGAGGGAAACCCAAAAAGGCUUUUGGGAAAAAAAAAAUUUUUAAAAAAAAAAUUUUUUUUGGAAACCCGGCGGGAAACCUUCCCGGGGAAAUAAAAAAAAAACAAAAUUUUUCCCGGCCCUUUUUUCGGGUUUUGGGGGGGCCCCAAAAAAAAAAAAAAUUAUUCUACCAAAAAAUUGGCCCCACCAUUAAGGGAUUUUUUUUUUUUUCCAUUUGUAGUAAUAGGGGAAGAAGCCAAACAUGAAAUCCAUUGGUUUUUUAAAACCCAAAAAGGAAAAAAAAUAAAAAAAAAGGGAGAAAAAAAAAUUUUUUAAACCCAAGCAAAAAAAGGGAUUAAAUGGUCAUUCACCUUAAGCGGGGGAAAAAAAAACCCUUUAAAGGUUUUUUUUGGGGGGGGGGGGUAAAGGAAAAAAACCCCCCCGGGUUUUUAAAAAGAGGGGGUUUAAAUCCGGAAUUGGGGGGGUCCGCGUAGGGGUCAGGGGGGUUCCCCGGGGGUUUUAGAGCGGAACAGGGAUGGAUGGGAAAUUCUUGAGAGGGUAGGGGGGAAAAAACGAGGGGAGCCAUCCCCGGGUUUUUCAAGGGGAAAGGAGGAGGGGGGACGGCCCCCGUAGGGGCCCGGUCGGGGAAGGGCCCCGGGAGGGGGAAG